AAAUAUAAGUUGUUUAAAUAUACUUUUGGUGCCUUACUGUUGCCGAUAGAGUGCUCUUUAUUUGUGACUUUUCACGGACUGAAGUUCAAAAUGUUUAAAAAAAGGUUUCCUUCACUUUCAAGUCUGGGGUCUGAUGGGAACACAUCGUUCCUUAGGGCUGCUCGGGCCGGCAACUUAGAAAAGGUCUUAGAGCAUCUCAAAUCAAAUAUAGACAUCAAUACUAGUAAUGCUAAUGGCCUCAAUGCUUUGCACUUAGCUUCUAAGGAUGGUCAUGUGGCGGUUGUACAAGAAUUACUCAAAAGAGGUGCAAAUGUUGACGCCGCCACAAAGAAGGGUAACACAGCGCUUCACAUCGCUUCGUUGGCUGGCCAAGAAGAAGUGGUCAAAUUAUUAGUUCCUCAUGGCGCUUCCGUAAAUGUUCAGUCUCAAAAUGGAUUUACGCCAUUGUAUAUGGCAUCACAAGAAAAUCAUGACUCAGUUGUUAAAUAUCUCCUUGCAAAUGGAGCAAACCAAAGUCUCGCGACAGAAGAUGGAUUCACACCCUUGGCUGUAGCCAUGCAACAAGGGCAUGACAAAGUUGUCGCAGUUCUAUUAGAAAGUGACACAAGAGGUAAAGUACGCCUACCUGCACUUCAUAUUGCAGCAAAAAAAGAUGACGUCAAAGCAGCAACGCUUCUCUUAGAGAACGAGCACAACCCGGACGUUACUUCAAAGUCAGGGUUCACUCCACUACACAUCGCAUCACAUUAUGGCAAUGAAUCGAUAGCCAACCUGCUGAUUCAAAAAGGUGCAAAUGUAAACUAUGCCGCCAAACACAACAUCAGCCCUCUCCACGUGGCGGCCAAAUGGGGGAAAACAAAUAUGGUCGGAUUGCUUGUCGAUAAAGGGGCAAAUAUCGAAAGCAAAACCAGAGAUGGUCUCACGCCACUGCAUUGUGCGGCUCGCUCAGGACAUGAACAAGUGGUAGAUAUGUUGCUGGAUCGCGGCGCGCCCAUCAGUUCAAAGACCAAGAAUGGUUUGGCGCCUUUGCACAUGGCAGCUCAAGGCGAACACGUGGAUGCAGCGCGUAUCCUGCUUUAUCAUCGCGCUCCAGUCGAUGAAGUUACUGUGGAUUAUUUAACAGCACUCCACGUAGCAGCUCAUUGCGGACAUGUGCGUGUUGCAAAGUUGCUGCUGGACCGCAGUGCUGAUGCAAAUGCACGAGCCCUAAAUGGUUUUACGCCUCUUCAUAUCGCUUGCAAAAAGAAUCGCAUCAAAGUAGUCGAGCUGCUACUAAAACACGGAGCGAGUAUUAGUGCAACUACUGAAAGUGGUUUGACGCCACUACAUGUUGCCAGUUUUAUGGGAUGUAUGAACAUCGUAAUAUAUCUCCUUCAACAUGAAGCUAGUCCUGACGUACCGACAGUUCGAGGAGAGACACCAUUACAUCUAGCUGCAAGAGCUAACCAGACGGACAUAAUUCGCAUUCUGUUGAGAAACGGUGCCCAAGUGAAUGCUAGAGCACGAGAGCAACAGACGCCACUUCACAUUGCAUCGAGGCUUGGUAAUGUCGACAUUGUAAUGCUCCUGCUUCAACACGGAGCGCAGGCGGACAACACCACCAAAGACAUGUAUACGGCACUACACAUCGCUGCCAAGGAAGGACAAGAUGAGGUAAAGAACUUAGUCGCUAGACGAAUCAUGGAUCACAUCGACACAGUCUAUCUUAUGCAGCUCUUCUGGAUCAGGCAUCAAGAGUACCUCAUCUAAGCCUAAGUUUUCGACUGCAAGUUAUUUUUUGACGUAAAAUUUAGAAAUGCGGAUUUCUAAACUCCUCUUGUCAAUUUAUUGUAUUUAUUCGAAAACUUUACAUGAUCUACUACACCGAAUUAUAUUCAAGCAAUUUUUCUUACAUAUAAUGAAUUGACUGAUAAAUACUUAGAACUACAUUUUGAUCAUUUAGUGAAUGUGGAAUAAAAACGG